GGACCCCAAAAACGAGUUUGCGCUGUAUUCACAAGGAAGUGCGGAAAAAAGUCGUGCGCUUCUUUCAGUUGAAUUGGCUCAAAAGCUGGCGGUUUGUUGUUCUUAUUAUUUAUAUAAGCUGAGAUACAUUUCCCCUAAAGUAAGGAGUAAUAGCCUGCCACAGGCGACACACGCCACACCUUUGAAAAUGCCCCGGAGAAAGAGGACCGCCGGCAGCAGCUCGGACGGGACCGAGGACUCGGAUUUUUCCGCCGACCUCGAGCACGUCGAAGCUUCCGAGAGCGCGCACAGGCGCAGCAGCACGCGCCUGACUCGAGCGUCACUGCGCCUCAGCCGGAACUCACAAGAUAAUUGCAGUUCAGUACGGAGCAGUUCUCCUGCAGCCCCGGGUCCUGACGAAGGCCUUGAUUCGGCAGCCGAGUCGGCCACAUCAGCAGCAGUGGCUGCAUCCGUCUUCUCCUCUGGGCGCAGGAUCACACGCAGCCAGCAAGGGGCGACAAACACCACAGCCAAAAAAUACCCACUGCGUCAGAGCAGGUCGUCUGGCUCAGAGACCGAGGCUAACGACCUGAAGCAGGCGGCGGACCGGGAUGAGACCCCUCCCCGGACCCCGACAGGCAACGCCCCCUCCUCAGAGUCAGACAUCGAGGUUUCCAGUCACAGCAACGACCUUGUGUCUUCUAGCAACGAUAUUGUAGUUUCACAAGAGGAGGACGAAAGAUUGGCCAAAGAGCUGUCACUCAAAGAGGCCGCCGCCCAUGACCUUUCCCACCGGCCCAAACGACGACGCUUCCACGAGAGCUACAACUUCAACAUGAAGUGCCCCACACCUGGGUGCAACUCAUUGGGUCAUCUAACAGGGAGGCAUGAGAGACAUUUCUCCAUAUCAGGAUGUCCUCUCUACCAUAAUCUCUCCGCUGAUGAAUGCAAGGGCAAGGCAUCGACGCGCGAUAAACAGGCCGAGGAAAGGACGCUGUCACACCGCCAGGACGAGAACAGACACUCCACAAGAAGCCAGGCCCCGACAGAGCGUCAGCUGCGCUACAAGGAGAAGGUGACGGAGCUGAGGAGGAAGAGGAAUUCUAGCCUCAAUAAGGAGCAGAAGGAGAAGCACAUGGAGCACCGUCAGAGCCACAGAGCUAGCAGGGAGCCGCUGCUGGAGAACAUCACCAGCGACUACGACCUCGAGCUGUUCAGGAAAGCGCAGGCACGUGCCUCGGAGGACCUUUCAGCAAACCCUCCUCUGCAGCCACAUGAGGAGUCUGAGAUAUUUUUGGAGAAACUUCGUCUGGCCGGCCAGGUGUCGGAGGGCAGCAACAUGAUAAAGACCAUCGUGUUUGGCCGUUACGAGCUCGACACAUGGUACCAUUCUCCAUACCCAGAGGAAUACGCCCGCCUGGGGAGGCUCUACAUGUGCGAGUUUUGCCUUAAGUACAUGAAGAGCCAGACCAUUCUGCGCAGGCACAUGGCCAAGUGUGUGUGGAAGCACCCUCCAGGCGACGAGAUCUACAGGAAGGGGAACAUCUCUGUCUUUGAGGUGGACGGAAAGAAGAACAAGAUAUACUGUCAGAACUUGUGUCUGCUGGCGAAACUCUUCCUGGACCACAAGACUCUGUAUUACGAUGUGGAACCUUUCCUCUUCUAUGUCAUGACCGAAGCUGACAACACAGGGUGCCAUCUGGUCGGAUACUUCUCCAAGGAGAAGAACUCGUUCCUGAACUACAACGUGUCCUGCAUCCUCACCAUGCCACAGUACAUGAGGCAGGGCUACGGCAAGAUGCUCAUAGACUUCAGUUACCUGUUGUCCAAGGUGGAGGAGAAGGUGGGUUCCCCCGAGCGCCCCCUGUCUGACCUGGGCCUUAUCAGCUACCGCAGUUACUGGAAGGAGGUACUGCUGCGCUACCUGAACAACUUUCAGGGCAAGGAGAUCUCCAUCAAAGAGAUCAGUCAGGAGACGGCAGUGAACCCAGUGGAUAUUGUCAGCACACUGCAAUCCCUCCAGAUGCUCAAAUACUGGAAGGGAAAGCACCUGGUUUUAAAGAGACAGGACCUUAUUGACGACUGGAAGGCUAAGGAGACCAAACGUGGAAAUGGCAAGAGCAUCGACCCCACAGCCUUAAAAUGGACACCGCCUAAAGGGACGUAGAGGGAGCUUCCUUUCACACUCCAAACACACACACACACACACACACACACACACACACACACACACACACACACACACACACACACACACACACACACACACACACACACACACACACACAGAUCUUCCACCACCACCACUGGCAUGCUCACAGACCCUGAGCCUAAACCCCUCACACACAAACUCUUGUACAGACCGCUUGCAGCAGCUACGGCACAGUCCGCCGUUUCUCUGGGUUCAGCAGUCACUGUCAUGGCUCGGGAAAUUGACUUCAGUCCAACAUUAGCUCACUGAUAUAAUGCCUGGUCCAGAGUAUUUGUUUGGACAUUGCACAAAAUUUGAUGAAAAGGAGGCAAAUGUGCAUGAAUUUGGACCUUAUACAUGAAUGAAUGAUCAGAAAUGUAUUAAGAAUUUAAGACCUGGCUAUGUGUAGACACUUUGAAAGAUUUGGUACUGUAAAAUUUGACAAAGAUGUAAUCCGAGUCACCAUCAGGGCAGCAGGGAGGGAUUAAAUAUUAUAUAAAAAAAAA